AUGGCUCCAACAGCAAGUACCGACGACAUGAAGUACGAUCCUUCGACUUACUGGAUCGCACCAGCUCGCAAUUUUCGUACAUCAGCGCGACUGCAUCUGCAGCACUUGCUGUUCCAGAGCACUCUUGACGGCUUACUGCUUGAAAAACGUAUCGAGGACUCCGUUCUGUCUGCUAUUACUAAACUCAAGGUUGCUGACCUCGGCUGUGGAAAUGGUGUCUGGCUGUCUGAUCUCGAUCGGACCCUCUCCUCGACCAAACCAGAGGUGAGCCUUCAGCUUCAGGGUUUUGACGUCAAUCCUGUCAAUUUUCCAGCGAACGCGUUUCUGCCCGGGUCUAUGAUAUUGAGCACCCUCGACGUUCUCCAACAACCACUACCGACAGAUUUACAGGGCGCUUUUGACGUAGUGCAUGUCCGCGCUUUCGUGAGCAUCAUCAGAAAUGGCGACCCGGCCCCUUUGCUGAAUUCUGCGCUGGCGCUGCUAAAGCCGGGUGGUUGGCUGCAGUGGGAAGAAACACGGGCCGACGCCUCCGUUGCCACAUCGCCAAGUCCUGCCGUUUCCAAAGACGCAUGCGACACCAUUAUUCACAUCAUGGACGCAGGUGGUAAGGCGAGUGGUUUCGACUUUACUUUUCUCGACUCUUUGGACACACAUCUCUCCCGGCAUGGGUUCGAAGAUGUUGAGGUCCGGCAGGUGGACAAACGGACACCAGAUCUCAAAGCGUGGACGGAAGACUACCUAAUGGUAUGGGAGGAUCUUACGGGACUAUUCCCAUCGCGUGAGCAUGUCCCACAGGCGCUCAUGACAAAGGAUGCGUUUGUGGAGCUGUUCGCAAAAGCCGUGAAAGAGACUGAGUCCGGGGUCGUCGUGCAUCAGAGGAAAGUGGUCAUUGCAAGCGGGCGGAAGGCAAUGUAA